ACUACAAAGCAAUUGGCAAAAUAGGAGAGGGAACGUUUUCUGAAGUUAUGAAGAUGCAGAGCCUGAGAGAUGGGAACUACUAUGCAUGUAAACAAAUGAAACAGCACUUUGAAAGUAUUGAGCAAGUGAACAACCUACGAGAGAUACAAGCACUGAGACGCCUGAACCCACACCCAAACAUUGUUACGUUGCAUGAAGUGGUUUUUGACCGAAAAUCUGGUUCUCUUGCACUAAUGUGUGAACUUAUGGACAUGAAUAUUUAUGAGCUAAUACGAGGGAGAAGACAUCCAUUAUCAGAGAAAAAGAUCAUGCAUUACAUGUACCAGUUAUGCAAAUCGCUCGACCACAUGCACAGAAACGGGAUAUUUCACAGAGAUGUAAAACCAGAAAAUAUACUAGUAAAGCAGGAUGUCCUGAAACUAGGGGAUUUUGGGUCGUGCCGGAGUGUCUAUUCCAAGCAGCCCUACACAGAGUAUAUCUCCACUCGGUGGUACCGGGCCCCAGAGUGUCUUCUCACCGAUGGGUUCUACACGUACAAGAUGGACCUGUGGAGCGCUGGCUGUGUGUUCUACGAGAUUGCCAGCCUGCAGCCCCUCUUCCCUGGUGUGAACGAACUGGACCAGAUCUCAAAAAUCCAUGACGUCAUUGGCACACCUUGUCAGAAGACCCUCACCAAGUUCAAACAGUCGAGAGCUAUGAGUUUUGAUUUUCCUUUUAAAAAGGGAUCAGGAAUACCUCUACUGACAACCAAUUUGUCCCCGCAAUGCCUCUCCCUCCUGCAUGCAAUGGUGGCCUAUGACCCUGAUGACCGAAUCGCGGCUCACCAAGCCCUUCAGCACCCCUAUUUCCAGGUGCAGAGGGCAGCUGAGACACAGACUGUAGCCAACAGAAGAGCUUUCUUCCCCAAGUACCCCACGGUGCCAGAGUUACCCAGGCACAACUGGCCGUUCUCCAAGGAGUGCAGAAAGCAGCAGCCCCUGAGACAAGAGGAGGGCCAUGCCAGAAAACAAGGGCCGUCCAGCUUGAUGGAGCUGCCCAAACUGAGGCUGUCCGGAGUGGCCAGACUGUCGUCAUGUUCCAGCCCCACGCUGCGGUCAGUGUUGGGCAGUGGAGCAAAUGGAAGAGUCCCUGUGUUGAGACCCUUGAAGUGUGCUGGGGUCCACAAGAAGACAGACACGCAGAAGGACAUCAAACCUCACCUGAAACAGUAUCACCUGCCCACGAUCAACAGGAAAGGGGGCGAAUACUGAACAGCACACCAUCUGGUCACCCUCUUGGAAAGCGAGGGCAGGCGCCAUGGGCAGGCUUAGGACUCUGCAGCUGAGAGUGGAUGGGGCACAGCAUGACGUGUGCUGGUGGUCGUCACCAUGCUUGGUGGCCCAGGACAGCUGCCUAGCGGUCCUCUGUACCCAUAGCCUGGAGCCGCGUGUGUUUACAACCCCAAAGCAGCUGUACUGAAUGUUCCAGUUUAAUAUAUUUGUAAAACCACCUCA